AUGGAUGCCGACCCUGCCUACUCAGUGAAGCGCGUUACUUUAUCUGCAGUGCCCUCCUUGGACGCCGAUGAUAGCAGUGUCGAAAAGAAAGACGUGGACAUCGCGGAAGUGAGCGUAGAGGACAACAGCGAAGAAGACCCUAGCAUCGGCAACGAGCCUCCUCUCAGUGUCUUCGAGCCAUUUCCUGUCGAUCCCACAGCUCCGGUCGAAGAGCAGCAAUUCACGGUCCGAGCCGUCUUAACGGGAUGUUGUCUCGGCGGUCUUAUCGCUGCAUCCAAUAUGUAUCUCGGUUUGAAAACAGGCUGGACUUUCGGGGCUUCAUUAUUCGGUUCGAUAUUCGGUUAUGCCAUUUUGAAGCCGUUCUCUCGCAUCGCACCUCAGUGGCUAGGCGGAGGCUACUUCGGCCCCAAAGAAAACGUUUGUUGUAUGUCUGCGGCAACCGCGGCCGGAUCUCUCGGCCUCAUAUUUGCAAGCGCUAUUCCCGCCUGCUACCAGCUUGGUCUCUUGUCGAGCACCCCGAAAGAGGAUUUUGGCCGACUUAUCACUAUCACUCUCGUCUGCGCAUACUAUGGAAUGUUCUUUGCGAUACCGCUGCGCAAGUUCUAUAUCCUCAAGCUCAAGCUCGUUUUUCCAUCCGCCGUUGCUACGGCAUUUACUAUUCGCUCGCUUCAUGUUGGGUGCGCGAAUCUCCGACUCGCACGCCGCAAGACCAUCUGCCUCGCUGCAGCGUUCGCAUUCGCCAUUUCUCUGCGUGUCACGAGCGAAUAUGCACCCGGCAUUAUGUGGGAUUGGCAUGUCUUCUGGUGGAUGUAUAAGCCAGGGGGCUGGCAUGGGAUCGUUGCCGCGGAAAAUUGGGGUUGGGUCUGGGAGUGGACCCCUGCUUUCAUUGGCGCGGGAAUGUUGUCAGGGAUAAACGCGAGUUAUUCGUUUUGGGGUGGAAGCUUCUUUGCAUGGGCCGUCAUAGGCCCUUCACUUGUCGCCACAGGGAAGGCCUUUGGGGAGGCGAUCAACCCAGAGAAGUUCCCUGGUUAUAUCUCAUACUACUCUAUGGUCCUCGACGAUCCGGUCCAUCAUCCGAGUCCCCGGUACUGGCUCAUCUGGCCAGGUACAUUGAUGCUCAUUGCCAGCACGUUUGCUGAAGGUAGGAGCACCUUCCAUGCGGAUGCAAAUGCUCUGAUCGUGUCCACAGUGGCUUGCAAUGCGCGUAUGAUCUAUCGCGUUGCAAAGUCUGCGAUGGAAUCUGGUCUGUCGAAGGAUCAAGAAAUCUUCGAUCCAGCACCUCCGGAGGAACAGGUUCCCUGGUGGAUGUGGUCUACGGGACUCAUAAUUUCUAUCAUACUGACUUGCGUAGUACUCGGUAAGCCGACGUGCAGCUCACACCAACCAUCUCUGAGUAUUGUUAUUAGGCUCUUGUUCGCAUUCAUCGGAGCAGAGGCAGCAGGCCGCGUGAAUGUCAUACCCGUCACUUCAAUCGGGAACGCCUCGCAACUAAUCCUUGGCGGUGUUGCCAAAGGCCGUCACCUGCCCAUCAAGUCGGCUCAGCUGCUGAACUCGGUGUCCGGGAUAGUAGCACUGGGCGCGUCGGAGCAAGCUGCGGACAUGUUAGGCGAUCUCAAGACUACGCACCUUUUGGGUGCCUCCCCGCGCGUGCAGUUUUAUGCGCAGUGCUGCGGUGCCAUAGUCUCAAUCUUCAUGAGCACCGGGUUAUACGUCGUAUUCAGCACCGCUUACCCAUGCAUCAACGACCUCAACCUCGCAGCGACCUGCUCGUUCCCGGCACCGGACGUGCAGAGCUGGAGAGCUGUAAUGGUGGCGGUCACCGACCCCAGUCUACCAAUCCCGCCAUCAUCAGGAUUCACUGCGAUAGGAUUGGCAGUCGCCGCAAUCCUGACGGUCGUCCUGAAAUACAACUACAUCCCGGCCAAGUACCACCAUUUUGUACCCAACUGGACGGCCAUCGGCAUCGGUUUCAUUCUCAACGCCACCACCUACCCGACCGCGAUGGUUUUCGGAGCCUCCGUAGCAUUCCUUUGGAGAAGACGGUUCGGCGGCCAUUUUGCCAUGUACUGUUAUCCUGUGGCGGCAGGCUUCAUUGCGGGAGAAGGUCUCGGUGGAAUCGUUACAGCUGUGCUGACCAUCGCUGGUGUUGGUGGCAGCAAGUUUGGAACCGCGGUCGGUUGCCCUGCUGGCGAAUACUGCGGAUAG